UUCAAUCUCGUCAGCAUUUAAUUGCCUUUUUUCAAAUCAGUUGAAACAGUUUUCAAUACGCUAAAAUGUGUGGAAUAAGUGAUUUGUGAUACAAUUUCUCCACCCAUAACUAAAACAAUCAUCAAAGUGUAGUGCAAGGUCGGCUUUGAUCUAUAUAUAAACGAGGGUGUAGCUUUUUGAAUUAUAUUGUCCUUUGGUUCAAUUCAGCAAGAUCACAAUGAACGCAUUGAUUGUUGCCUUCUUCGCCACUUUGGCCCUCACCUCUGCCGCCCCCUCUGGAUUGGGUAUAGGUUUAGGAUGGGGAGCAGCAGGUCUAGCAGCCCCAGGAGCAGUUUUAGCCGCCCCUUCUGCCACCGCUGUCAUUUCCGGACCUAUUGCUAGAGGCGCUGUUCUUGGUGUUCCCGCUGCUGGAGCAAUAAUUGGUGCACCUGCUGCCGGUAUUAUUGCUGCACCAGCUGCCAUUGCCGCCCCAGCUGCACUUGCUGUCCCUGGUGCUGUUGCCAUCACUCCUGGAGGUGGUGCCGUUGGCGUGAGUGCUGCAGGUGCUGUAGUGAGUGGUCCCAGGACUGCUCCAGUAGUCAUCGCUGGACCCUCUGGAACUGUAUCCGCCAAUGGACUUUGGGGUCCAACUCUCGCCGGAGUUGCCGUACCAGCUGGACACGGAUGGUAGACCAAUCGAUUCUAGAACUGGUUAACUGAUAAUUCCGAUCGAUCUCUUACGUCGAUGGCUAUACUAAAAAACAAGACUUAUUAUCUCUAAAUAACCUACUCGGCGAACGAGUUUUGUUAUGUACUCAUCUGUUGUGACGAAAGCAAUAAAGAAUUAUGUUUUUUAAACAUUUA